AUUUUUUUUCUGUGACAUAAAAAAGUGAAACAUGAAGAUUCAGUUGAUACUGGCCCUCGGUCUAUUGGGGUCAGUGGUGGUACUGGCAAAUCCUUCACCCACAUUGCAACCACAGAUUGUACCCUGUGUGCAUGCUGCCACGGCAGGCUACUCGUAUCCGGCUCCGGGUCCGACGCCAUUGCCAUUGCCCCCGUCACCAGUCGAAGUGAAAUUCUCGGUAACGCCUGGAGUGACCAAGUACAGUCAGUCCCCAGCUAUAUCCACCUAUGGAGAGAAUGGCCAUAUUCUGCACACAUCGGUGGGUAGCUCAUCUGCCUCGUACGAAGCAACAGCUGGCAUUUCAGGCAUUUCGCAUGGCGGCGGAUUGACUCAGAUAAAUAAGUAUAUAGCCCCCGUAUCGAAGGCUCUGUUCACACCCUCGGCGGAAUAUGGAGGACCUGGCAUUACGUAUGCCGACAAGUCGCCAGCAUCUCAAUAUGCAGCCAUUGCGCCGUCAGGAUUUGAGAUCAAGAAUCUAGUAUCGCCGGCUAUUUCCAAAACUGUCUUGACAGCACCCAAAUUGGCCACCUACCAAACCUCACCAGUGACAACUAAAGUGGAAACCUACACUUCGCCUGGGUAUACCUAUGCCAAGGCCACGCCUGGCUACUCUAAGGUGGAGACAUACACAUCGCCGGGCUAUUCUUAUGGCGCAGCCACACCUGGCAUUUCAAAGAUCGCCACCUACUCUUCGCCUAGCAUAGACUAUGCAGCUGCCUUAGGUCCAGCAAGCACAUUGAAACUGGGCACCACUUCCUCACUCUAUGCGUCCAAGGGCUCAGGAUACGCUGCCAGUUAUGUGCCGACAUUGGCCAAGUCCUAUCUCUCAACAGAAUCUAUUCCCUCGCUCACAAAGUAUGUAUCCGGUGGCUCUUCUUAUGUGUCCAAGCCAUUGGCUCUCGCUCCUGCUAUAACUAAUGUGGCCAGCUAUGCUGCUCCUGCCAUUACCACUUACUCGGAUGCUUCUGCCCUCAAGGUAGCCAGUUAUCCGUCUCCCACGAUAUCGACAUAUGCUGCUGCUGCUCCGGCCAUUGCCAAGGUCUCUGCGGGAUAUGCGACAAGUGGUUCAGGAGCCAUUUCCCAUCAGUAUGUAUCCAAGCCCGCAAUAUCUACCAUUUCCGCAGCACCUGUGGUCGCCAAAGUAGCCAGCUAUGCUGCUCCAGCCAUUUCCACUUACUCAUCAGCUCCUGCUGUCAGCAAACUGUACAGCUAUGGCGCUCCCGCUACUGUCGGUGUGUCCUCAGGAUAUGGAGCAACAUCCCAUCAAUAUGUAUCCAAGCCCGCAGUAGCUCUUGCUCCAACCUUGUCAAAAACUUAUCUGCCGGCAGCUCCUGCCAUUGCUGUCUCUGCUCCAGCCAAAAUAGCAACCUAUGCAACUCCAGCCAUCAGCAAGAUAGCCACAGGAUAUGCAGCAAGUGGCUCGGGAGCUGUUUCUCAUCAAUAUGUCUCCAAGCCGGCAGUGGCUACCUAUGCAGCUGCUCCAGCUGUCUCCAAGGUAUUGAGCUAUGCAGCUCCUGCCAUCUCGACUUAUGCAUCUGCUCCUGCCAUUACCAAAAUAUCAAGCAGUGCAGGACCCCUGGUUUCCACUUAUUCCGCAGGACCUGCCAUUGCCAAAGUGGCAACCUACAGUCAGGCGGCUGAUGUGUCCCAUCAGUAUAUCUCCAAGCCUAUAGUUGCUGCUUAUCCAGCGCCUGCUCCUGCUGUGGUUGCCAAGGUGGCCAGCUAUGCUGCUCCUGUCGUCUCAACCUAUGCGGCUGCUCCUGCUAUUGCUAAGGUUUCUUCAGGAUAUGGGGCAAGUGGCUCGGGGGCCAUAUCGCAUCAGUAUGUGUCCAAACCAGCAGUCGCUACCAUUUCCGCAGCACCUGUGGUCGCCAAAGUGGCCAGUUACGCUGCUCCAGCCGUUGCCACCUACUCAUCUGCUCCUGUCUUAAAGAGUUAUGUUGCUCCUAGCAUCACCAAAGUGGCAACAGGAUAUGGCAGCAGUGGAUUAGGGGCGGUAUCCCAUCAAUAUGUAUCCAAGCCCGCAGUGGCUCUUGCUCCAACCUUGUCGAAAACUUAUCUGCCAGCAGCUCCUGCUAUUGCGAUCUCUGCUCCAGCCAAAAUAGCAACCUAUGCAACUCCAGCCAUCAGCAAGAUAGCCACAGGAUAUGCAGCAAGUGGCUCGGGAGCUGUUUCUCAUCAAUAUGUCUCCAAGCCAGCAGUGGCCACCUAUGCAGCUGCUCCAGCUGUUUCCAAGGUGUUGAGCUAUGCAGCUCCUGCCAUCUCGACUUAUGCAUCUGCUCCUGCCAUUACCAAAAUAUCAAGCAGUGCAGGACCCCUGGUUUCCACUUAUUCGGCAGGACCUGCCAUUGCCAAAGUGGCAACCUACAGUCAGGCGGCUGAUGUGUCCCAUCAGUAUAUAUCCAAGCCUAUAAUUGCUGCUUAUCCAGCGCCUGCUCCUGCUGUUGUUGCCAAGGUGGCCAGCUAUGCUGCCCCCGUCGUCUCAACCUAUGCGGCUGCUCCUGCUAUUGCUAAGGUCUCUUCAGGCUACGGCACCACCAGUUCAGGAGCCAUAUCGCAUCAGUAUGUGUCCAAGCCGGCAGUGUCUACCAUUUCAGCAGCUCCUGUUGUAACAAAAGUGGCAAGUUAUGCUGCCCCCGCCAUUUCAACUUACUCUUCCGCUCCUGCUACUCUUAAGGUAUCCUCAGGAUAUGGAGCCAUAGGUGCUAGCUAUGCUGCCCCCGCAAUUUCCACUUACUCAUCUGCUCCUUCUACGCUUAAAGUAUCCUCCGGAUAUGGAGCCAUCGGUUCAGGUGCGGUAUCCCAUCAAUACGUAUCCAAGCCAGCUCUGUCUACGAUUUCAGCUGCUCCAAUCACAACUAAAAUAGCUGGUUAUGCCGCUCCCGUUGUGUCCACCUAUGCCGCCGCUCCUGCUCUGACCAAAACAGCCAUCGGUUAUGGAGCAAGUGCUUCGGGAGCCGUUUCCCAUCAAUACGUAUCGAAGCCCGCUGCGGUUAUUACGCCUGCCUUGUCAAAGGCUUAUCUUCCAGCCGCUCCAGCCAUUGCCAUACCUGCUCCAGUCACAAUAGCUGCUCAUGGAGCGCCCGCGAUUACCAAACUGUCAGGAUAUGGAUAUGGAACAAGUGGAGGAGCUCUGUCCAGCAUCGGACUGACAUCCCACGGAUCUGGCACUGUCAUUGGUAAAUUGGCUGCUCCAGCCAUUGCCAAAAUACAGACAUCAGGCUAUGGUAGCUCUGGCCAUGGAGCUGUUUCCCAUCAAUAUGUGUCGAAACCGGCUCUUACACUUGCACCUGCUCUAACCAAAACCUACUUAGCAUCUGCUCCGGCUCAUCAAGUGGUCAGUACAUAUGGAUCGAGUGCUUCCCAUCAACUGGCUCCUGUUUCCAUUGGCCAUUUGGGUGAACUUGGAGGAGCAAGCCUAUCGAAAAUCUCCUCUAUACCAUCUUACUCUCUGGGUGGAAAACUAAGCACCACUGCCUUUGGCAGCCAUGGAGGAGCUUUAGGCUCUCUGGGAUCUCUUGGUCAUGGAGCUGGCUCUGGAGCUGGUUAUUAUGGUGUCAUCUCUUUGGGCCAUCAUGCGGCCACUCCUGCUCUUACCUAUCAGGGACUCUUGUCGCAAACAGCUGGCCAUGGCCAUCUGGGCUCUCCCCUCUCCGGCUAUGAGCACGGAAUCGGUGGCAUUGGACCGUUGGGUGGAGGGUUCUAUCGCUAUGCACAAGGUGUACCAGCUCUAAGUGCUCCAACGCCACUGGCUGUGGGUGGGUACCUGAAAUCAGCGCAUGUGGCUCAACCAGCAGUUCUUAAAGUGAUACCAGAGAAGCAUCUAGAACAUGUUGAUACCCAUCCACGAUAUGCCUUUGAGUACGCUGUGAAUGAUCAACAUACGGGUGAUCACAAGCAUCAGCGGGAAGAGCGUGAUGGUGAUGUGGUCAAGGGUGAAUAUUCCUUGGUCGAGCCCGAUGGAAAUGUGCGUACAGUCAAAUACUACGCCGACUGGGAGACCGGAUUCCAUGCCGAGGUUAUCAAUAGUCGUGAUCAAGGCAAAAUUGUGGCCAAACGUCAACUGGCCACUGCCAAGUCGUGAGGUUCUUUUUUUUUUGUUUAUUAGAUCAGACCACUGAUGUAUAUCCUAACAUAACCUCACUUCUCCUUCCACUCUCAAUCCACAACUUCACUUGCAGCUCGGUUUAGUCACAGAGAACUUACAGCAGCAACUGUACAUAGCCUAAAACAUUUCCAUUAAACAAAACAAAACAAAAAAUUAUAUUUAUGUAUGUAAAAAAAAGAAAACAACUCCCCCGACAUCAUCGUUAACUAUGUCACACAGGCGCCCCCUAUCAUUUGUUUCAUAUACAUAGGACUUCUCUUUCUAUAUCUCUGCCCAUGCGUUCAUCAAUUGCUUGCGCUGCUCUCUCCUUCUCUUUCUCAUAAACUAUACU